AGAAAGAGGAAACAAACGAAAAUGGCGUAGGCAAACUUCGAAACAAUUGAACACGAAACUAUGAAAUUGAAGUGCGAAAGCGAUCGAACGAUUACGAAAACGAAGCGAAAACGAUCGAAGGAAGCGAAAGAAAUUCGAACGAAGUGACGCCGAUUCAAGCGAUCGAGAAUCGCUUCAGAUGAAUUCUAUGUAUAAUUUGUGAGAUGAUCGCCAGUAUAAAUUAAGAGUUGAAAUGUGUUUGGUGUUUGAUUCGUAUCGAACGCAACGCCAUUUAGAUCCUGUAUGGCAAUAGCAGUUUCGAAGUGCCCAUUUACGUGAACUAAAGAUAUUCACAGCAAGAUUGCAAGUGACAAACUCCCAAGAUUCAGAAGAGAAUGAUAUUGUGAUCAAACACGAUUGCUUGAUUUGCUACACUUUGUUUUACCGAGCCACAAGCGGCAUCUUGUUGAUUUUACUAAGCAUAUUAAGUUCACAUGUAUCAAGAAUGCAAUGAUUUGUCUGGCUACCUAUGGUCUGCACAGGAGUAUAUGACAAGGUUGAAACCUCAGGGACAGAGGUUUCAAGGGGAGGGUGUUGUUGCGGCAACAGCAUCGAUUUAUUGCUUAUUUUGGAGUGAGGGAUCCCCCGAAACACAAGAAAAAAUCUGGCUGCAAGAGGUUACUUAGUUUCAUUAAAAUGCGUGAGAUGCAUCUUAAAAUCAACAAAAAUUCAAAAAAGAUAAAGAAAGAAAGAAAAACAAGAAAGAGGAAACAAACGAAAAUGGCGUAGGCAAACUUCGAAACAAUUGAACACGAAACUAUGAAAUUGAAGUGCGAAAGCGAUCGAACGAUUACGAAAACGAAGCGAAAACGAUCGAAGGAAGCGAAAGAAAUUCGAACGAAGUGACGCCGAUUCAAGCGAUCGAGAAUCGCUUCAGAUGAAUUCUAUGUAUAAUUUGUGAGAUGAUCGCCAGUAUAAAUUAAGAGUUGAAAUGUGUUUGGUGUUUGAUUCGUAUCGAACGCAACGCCAUUUAGAUCCUGUAUGGCAAUAACAGAUAUAUUGGCCCGUUUGGAAAGUCACAAUGAUUAAUUCCAACCCCUAGGAAAGCGACGAACACACGAGGGGCCUCUUGAAUGUCCGGACAGUUUCUAGCGAUUUCGGGAUGAUCCCCUAUUGCAGAGCCAUGACCAGAAGUGAGCCCCCGAUACAGGAAAACCGCGGACGAGUAUUUGGCCAUCGGGUCACGCCAGCCAUCCGUACCGUCCACAUGGCAUCUGGGACCACGCCUGUGCCCCCGCCCUGACUACAAACGGACGGAGGGAGGGGUUGUCAGUGCGACAUACCGCUCUAUAAAUACAGAAACCGGCGAUCGCAGGAGCACAGCACACUCAACGGACAUUCCGCAAACACAACUGCAGACAUCAUGAAGAUUCUGGUACUCCUAUGCCUGGCGGCCCUGACGCUGGGUGACGACGAUGUGUAUCAAUCGCACUACCAUGAUCACGACGGCCACCCCGGCGUGCCUCUGCCGCCGAUCCCGUGCCACGGCAAACCAGGCUGUCCGCCGCCUCCCCCGCCACCCUGCGACAAGCCGGGCUGUCCCGGCUACCCGGUCCCCCCUCCCUCACCACCCUGCGACAAGCCGGGCUGUCCCGGCUACCCGGUCCCCUCUCCCAAACCCCCGUGUCACGGCAAGCCGGGCUGUCCCGGCUAUCCGGUCCCCCCUCCCAAACCCCCGUGUCACGGCAAGCCGGGCUGUCCGGGCUACCCGGUCCCCCCUCCCAAACCCCCGUGCCACGGCAAGCCGGGCUGUCCCGGCUACCCGGUCCCCCCUCCCAAACCCCCGUGCCACGGCAAACCGGGCUGUCCCGGCUACCCGGUCCCCCCUCCCAAACCCCCGUGCCACGGCAAGCCGGGCUGUCCGGGCUACCCGGUCCCCCCUCCCAAACCCCCGUGCCACGGCAAGCCGGGCUGUCCGGGCUACCCGGUCCCCCCUCCCAAACCCCCGUGCCACGGCAAGCCGGGCUGUCCGGGCUACCCGGUCCCCCCUCCCAAACCCCCGUGCCACGGCAAGCCGGGCUGUCCCGGCUACCCGGUCCCCCCUCCUCAACCCCCGUGCCACGGCAAGCCGGGCUGUCCCGGCUACCCCGUCCCCCCUCCUCAGCCCCCGUGUCACGGCAAGCCGGGCUGUCCCGGCUACCCGGUCCCCCCUCCCAAACCCCCGUGUAACGGCAAGCCGGGCUGUCCUCCCCCUGUCCAUCCACCUUGCGACAAGCCCGGCUGUCCCGGCUACUCUGGCAGUAACGUCUACUACCGCUAUCACGUCAACUACCCCAAGUACUGGGCCAGCCAGGGUAAGCAGGAGACCAUUGAUGCCAGCGGAACGCGCGGCUCAUACUACGUGGAGCCUGGAGGAGCCGCUGAGUAGCAUCUACGUGUCGUACGAUCACCCGCGCAAGGGUCACCACUGAGGCCUCCCGGUGACCCCGUCAAGGUCACCACUGAGGUCCUCCCUGUGACCCCGUCAAGGUCACCACUGAGGUCCUCCCGGUGACCCCGCCGAGCUGACCUGCUGACCUCUCUGACGGUCCUCUCAGUCUCACACUCGGUGUCUGUGUGUUGCUGACCCCACAACUGUCAUCAGUUAGUCUGUCCGUGUCGAUUGGUGACGGAAAUUUGAUAGGAAGAGAUGUCUGGAGAGAGUGGGAAGUGGAUAAUGAAGGAUGAAGAAGAAGUUGGAAGAGGGGAUAAGUGAGGAGUUGGGAGCGAAGGGUUGUAAAUAGUUUCGUAGUGAUAAAUUUUUAGACACAGUGCUUUCUAUUAGACUUCAUUAGAUAUCCACUUCCACCAUUCAACGGUCGCGGCUGAUGUCUUCUGCUAAUAUAAAAUGAUUAUACGA